AUGCUGCUGAUCAUUGAAGCAGCUCUUCUUCUCAUUUUAGCUGCUCUAGGACAGGAUCACAGAGCCGCUGCUGCUGUUGAAAAUAUAUUUCCAUUAGAUAUGGCACCAAAUUCUGUUGAUGACCAAUAUGAGGGCUGUACAAAUCAAAUGGCGGAAAAGGUGGAGAAAUGCUAUCUAGAGAAGGAAAGAUCUGGAUCAGCUGAAUUUAAUAAGACUUGGCAAGAAGGUGAAGAGAAUGCCAAGAAACCAGAGGAUAACUUGACAAGGAAUCAUUCAAUCGCUAUUCAUGUUUACACUAACAAAGACUCUAAAGUAUAUAGUAAUUUCACUAGUGCGACCCGCACUGACAAACAGAAAUACAAAGAGGGGACAUUCAAAUGGUAUUCACUUCACUUUCUGUUAACAGAAGCGAUACAGAUUCUGAAGAAAACACAAAAUAGAUGCUAUACAACUUAUCGUAGUACAAAUGUUAAAUUUGAUGUUCAGAGCAAAGAGGUUCGAUUGAGCUCAUUUUCAUCGUCCUCUCUUGAUCGUAAAGUAAUACAGGGUUUUGGAAAUGUAUCUUGUUUUGAAAUCUACACUUGUGAAGGUGCUGAUCUGACAAGAUACUCUAAGUAUCCUGAAGAGAAAGAGGUGCUGAUUCCCCCGUAUGAGAUGUUUAAUGUCACUGCUGUCAAAAACAGGACAGAUCAGCCUGAUCUCUGGUGUGAGACUGUGUUUGUGUUGAACAGCACUGGGACAAGAAGUGACCUGAGUUGUGUGUUGUUUAACAGUGGGAACUGUGCUGCUUUUUUAAAUGUUUUACUAAUUUUGCAAAUAUAAUUUUGA